UUCAAAAAGAAUUAUCAUAGCUGUGACAGUACGAAUGUGCGGAAGAAAUCAAACGAAGAUAAUGAUCCAUUGCCUUCCUUUCGCCUCAAUUCCACUCCGUUUGCCUCAGUUGUUGAUAAUAUUGCUGGAUCGAGUACUACAAUGCAGAUAUAUGGGAAACCGUGCCAUCGGGACACUUCAAUACUGUAUAUGUUACUUAUGUUCGGUACACUGUGGCUUGGUCUUUUUUUAUACAACUUCAGGAAAACGCCAUAUUUGACGCGUUCACGUCGUGAGUGGCUAGCAGAUUAUGCGCUUCCUGCUUCGGUUCUUAUCAUGUCUUUUACGGGUGCCUACUGCUUUUAUGAUAUUGAAAAAGACAAGUUCAAAAUGCGAACCAAUGUGGCGACGUUUGCAAUUGCACCAGUGUUCUCAUUACCGUGGCAGGGCUAUUUUGUAUGCUUACUUCUCGGCUUCUCAUUAUCUUUUCUUUUCUUUAUGGACCAAAAUAUCACCUCAGCCAUUUUGAAGCGUGGCUGCCUCAAAUCCUUCCGUUGCUUGGAUUGGUGA